UUGGAUUUUAAAAACCUUUGGAGCGAACGCUGAUACAACGAAAGCUUGUUUUGAUGAUAUCCUUAAAACGCGUGUUAGUAUUAAUGAACAACUCAUACAAGAUCUAAAUUCUGAAUUACCACCGAACGGAUGGACAAAAUGCUCAUAUAAGCUACAAUUAAUAUUUGGAAGAUUUUCUGCAAUAGCGAUGGAAUCGACUACGACUUAUUAUCUCAACGUAGAAGAUUCGAAUAACCAAGAGACCAAUGAUCAAAAUGCUGAGGGCCAACAUGAAGAAUCAAGCGUAAACAUUACGUUACCUAUCGAUUGCAAUUAUACCACUUCGAAGUCAGAUCACAAAAUUCUCGAAUCAGACGAACAAGAUGACGAAUUAUUCGUGUGGUUUGAAGUCCUAAGUAAUCUAAAUGUCCACUUAAUGAUAUCUAGUGACGGAAAACUUGCUACAUAUGAGUUUAAACAGCAUUUAAGGGCAUUUAUGGAUAAAAUUGAUGCAUCUCAAUUUAAGAAUAAUAAGAGAAGACCAUUUGAUUUAGUAGCCGAUCAGUCAAGAAAAAAGCAGAGGAAUAAAGCUAUAAAGAGGCUUGAAGAGUUUACGGAUUCAGAAUUUAAGAAAAAACUAACGUCUUUGGCAGUGUAA